AUGUUCUCCGUAUAUAAUACGGAACCGCCUAGAAGCCCUGAGACUCUCAUUCUAAUACAUCACCGCCUAGUAAAGAUGAUGAUCGCAGAGCGACAAUACGCCGUUCAUCAACCGUCCAAUAUGCAAUUUCCCGUCCGGCCCAAAGAAUAUUCCGUCUCCGGCGACGAUUUCUCCCUCAUGUCCUUCCUCCCUAACGACGCCGCUUUGGAUGCUCUCCUCCGUUACCUGCCGUCCAACACUAGAAGCGACCCCGCCGCGAUUGACGGCCGAGUAACGGACACUUACUCUUCCUGCGACCACUUCCGGAUGUACGACUUCAAGGUCCAGCCCUGCGCCCGUAGCAAGUCGCACGACUGGACCGACUGCCCAUUCGCCCACCCGGGCGAAAAGGCCCGCCGGCGGGACCCGCGGGUCCACCGCUACUCCGCCGCCCCCUGCCCGAAAGCGGACGCCUGUGGGUUCGCGCACGGGGUGUUUGAGUCGUGGCUCCACCCGGCGCGGUACCGUACGCAGCCGUGCAAAGACGGGCCGAGCUGCGGGCGGCGGGUCUGUUUCUUCGCGCACUCGCCGGAGCAGCUGAGGGUCUCCUCCCCGGAGUCGGACUCGCCGCCGGCGUCCCCGAUGGCCGCCUCCCUGCGUCGGCUGCAGCUCACAAGGGUGAAAUCCAUGCCCGUGAACCGGUCCGGUUUAUACAGCUUGCCUUCGACGCCGACCCGGGGUACGACCCGAACCGGGGUGUGGGACAAGAGCUUUCUGGAAGGGGAUGGAGAGAUUCCGAUGGAGAGGGUGGAAUCGGGGAGGAACUUGAGGACGAGGAUGUUUCAGAGAAUAAGCGAGGAAAAUCCGCUGGGAGUGGGUGACCCGUAUUCGGACCCGAAUACUCCACACCCGGACGUGGGAUGGCUAGCCAGCCAGGCAAGGGCAGCCAUGGGAAGAGCACCAUGUUGUGACAAAACAAAAGUGAAGAGAGGGCCAUGGUCACCUGAUGAAGACACCACUCUCAAGGCCUAUGUUCACAAAUAUGGGACUGGUGGCAACUGGAUUUCCUUGCCCCAAAAAGCUGGUCUAAAACGUUGCGGGAAGAGUUGUCGGCUGAGGUGGCUGAAUUACCUAAGACCCGACAUCCGACACGGCGGUUUUACUGAGGAAGAAGAUCGGGUCAUCCUCUCCCUCUACAACAACAUAGGAAGCAGGUGGUCUGUCAUAGCAUCACAUCUUCCAGGUAGAACAGACAAUGAUGUGAAGAACUAUUGGAACACAAAGCUGAAGAAGAAACUCCUGGCGGCGGCUGCCACCGCCACGACCCCCGCCACCGCCGCCACCGCCAGCUCCAACCCAUUCACCAGAACGGUUCCGAUGGGUUUCGAUCCGACGAACUAUUACGGGACGGAGCCCAGCUCCGUCCCAGAAGUAGCGGUCGGGUCGCAAUUCCCGGGCCCGAACAUUGAAGAGGUUGAAGAAAACUGUACAAAAAACAAUGCAAAUUUCACAACAUCUUUAAGUAGCCAAGAAAUACCAUUAUUCUCUUAUGACAACAGCUGCUGGGUGGGCAUUAAUAAUGGGGGAAUUGAGGAAGAUGAGCUUUUUCUCAUGGAUCAUAUUAUGAAUAAUUAUGGGUUUGAUUACCAGCAUGAGAAAUUUGGAGCUGCUGCUGCUAAUUGCUCCACUAAUCCCCCAUCAUCCAAAGGCUUUGGAUAUUGAUUCCACCAAGAUAAUUAAUAUUAAUUGUGGUA